AUGUCGUCCUCGAACAACGAUUUCGUCGAUCCGCACAGCGGGGAGAGCGAAGAAGCAGCCAUGCUCGACAUCAACGAAGCCGCCGAAGAGAUUAUAGAUGAAGGCGACGCAGCGAUGGAUUCCGGCUCCGACAACGACGGCGAAGGCGACGGUGACGAUGAGAUGCAAGAGAUCAUCCAGCUGCAGAACGACUCCUCCGCCCACUUUGACGCACACCCCGACUCCAUCUUCGCCAUUGCCCAACAUCCCACCCUCCCCAAUCUGAUAGCCACCGGCGGCAGCGAAGGCGAUGACCUAGGUGGAAUUGGCUACAUCUUCGACUCUACACCCUUUCCUACACCUGUGCUCCCUGCGAGUUACCGAAGCGCGCCGAAUGAGCCGAUUGAGCGGAAGGGCUUAGAGCCGGUUUUCAAGUUGGAAGGCCACACGGACUCGAUAAAUGCGCUCGCAUUCACACUCCCCAAGGGCGAAUUUCUAUUCAGCGGUGGUCUCGAUGGCAAACUCCGCGCGUACGUAAGUAACGCGAGCGCAACAAAGUGGAAAUUCAUCAGCGAAGUGCAAGAAGUGGAGGAGAUAAACUGGAUGGCCGUUUGCCCGAACCCAUCCUCCCCAAACACCAUUGCUAUCGGCGCCAACGAUGGAAGUGUGUGGGUAUACACCGUCAAUCCCAAGAACAAAGACGCCCCGUUACAGAUCGUACAGAGCUAUUUCCUGCAUACCGGCAGCUGCACGGCGGGAAGCUGGUCCGCGGACGGCAAGCUACUCGCGACAGUCUCUGAAGACGAGUCCCUCUACGUCUGGGACGUUUUUGGCGAUGCCGCGCUGGUGGGCCUCACACAAGGCGAGGGAUCCGCGUACGUCGUCGGUAUGACUUCUCUUGACCAGCGCUUCGCAGUCGAAGGCGGGCUCUUCAGCGUUGCGAUCUCUCCCGCGGGGAAUUUUGUCGUCGUUGGCGGCGCAGGGGGUAAUAUCAAAGUCGUGGGCUUACCACGCUUGAACUCCGAUGCCCCAAUGGCGCCGAAGACGAAGGGGAAUAAAGCCGCGGGCAGCGUGAAGGCGAGUGCGGGACAGAGCGGACAGAUCCUCGCGGACUUGAAAGCUCAAGGAGAUGGCAUCGAGACGCUGGCCUUUGCACCGCCGCCUCUUACGCUCCUCGCAGCCGGUAGCGUAGAUGGCUCCAUCGCUCUCUUCGACUCGGCGCACCGGUUUGCCGUGAGGCGCCACAUCAAGGAAGCACAUGAGGAGUACAGCGUCGUCAAAGUCGAGUUUGUUAAGAACUCCCGGACGGGCGGCUGGCUGCUCACGAGCUGCGGUAUGGACGGUGUGGUGCGGCGGUGGGAUACCAGAGGCGGCACCGGGGUUGCGAAUUCGGGGUUCUUGGGGGAGUGGAAGGGCCACCGAGGGGAAGGCGAGGGGGGAGGCGUAUUGGGUUUCGUGCAGGGGGAUGGCACGAGGAUCGUUACGGCGGGUGAUGAUGCCGUUGCAUUGGUUUUCGAGGCUCCGAUUGCGUAA